AUGAAAAAGAAGAAUAAUAUUUCCACAAAUUACGGAAAACUAAAAGGUCGUCUGAAUCGUUAUGAUAUGAACGGUUCAUAUAAUUUUAAUGAAAAUAAAAAAAGUGUAGGAAAUAAUUUGGUUAAUGAUUUAAAAAAUUGUAAAAAUGAAGAAAAUUAUAAUAAUAAUAAUAACAUUAAUUCUUCAAUUGUCCAUACGAACACGAAUGUAAAUUACCCUAAUGGAAACAAUAAUUAUUACUCUCAUAAUUUUAAAUAUAAUAAAAAUUCGUAUCCAUAUGAUUAUAACUCAUAUCAACCGAAAAAAAUAUAUGAAUACAAAGAAAAAUUCAAAAAUUCUAAUAAUAAUAAUAAUUCGUAUAAUAAUAAUACUCAAUUAGAAAAUAGAAAUAAUGUGUCUACUUUGAAUUCAUCAGGUAUAAUAAAUAAAAUAAUUAAAGAAAAUAGUAAUGAGAAAAAUGAUGAAGAUAAUGUUCAUUCUGAGAAUGAAAAUAAUAGAAAUAUCGAAGAUGAAAAUUUAAAUGAAGAAGUAAGUAUGUUAAGAGAAAAAAUUUGCUUUAAAAUGUUAAAAAGUAUUGAUAUUUAUAUAACUGAAAUAAUUAUGAAGUCAUGUUUCGUAACUGUAUAUAAAAUGAAAGAAAAUGAAUUAAAAUGGAUAAGAGCAGAUAUUGAAGGAUUUUUAUAUAUUGUAAGAAGGUCAAUUUAUCCUUUUUACAGAUUAAUAAUUACAAAUAAAAAAAAUGAAAAUCAUUUAUUGCAAGAUAUAGAUGCAAAUAUUAAUUUGUCAACAGAUCAAAAUUAUAUUUUUUAUAGAACUCUGAAUGAAGAAAAUAAUUCUAAAAGCAUUUAUAGUUUAUGGUUUUACAGUACAGAUGAAAAAGAAAAAAUAUAUAGUGUUCUUAAAGAAUUGGUUGAAAAAUCAUGUGAAGAAAAAAAUUAUUUAGAUAACAAUAGUAAAAGUAGCAAUAACAAUUAUAGUAAAAAUGUAAACUAUAUAUUUACAAAAAAUAACAACAUGAAUGAUAACACAACUGUUGUGACAAAAACAGAAGAAAAUUUUAAAAAUGUAAAUAAUUUUUAUAAUAAAAAUGAGGAUAUUAAAAUAAAUAAAAACUUAGAUAUAGAAAAUAAUAAUAAUAAUAAUAAUAAUGACAGUAAUGUGAGUAAAAAUAAUAUGAAUAGUGAUAAUAAUAAUAAUAAUGAUAAUAAUAAUAAUUAUAAUAAUGAUAAUAAUAAUAAUUAUAAUAAUGAUAAUAAUAAUAGUAAUAAUAUUAUUAAUAAUAAUAAUGAUAAUAAUAAUAAUAAUGAUAAUAGUAAUAAUAUUAUCAAUAAUAGUGUUAAUAAUUCUUUAAUUUUAAAAAGUAUACAUAAUGAGGAAAAUGGUAAUGUUUUAAAAAAAAAUAAGAUAAAUAAUAACCUUACUUCUUUAAAAUCAAACAACAUCAAUGAUAAUGAAAAUGAAAAUAAUUUAGAUUUACUUUAUAAUAUGAAUGAUAUAGAUUAUGUGAAAAUGAAUAUAAAAAAUGAUAAUACUCCAUAUGAUAAUUAUGUGAAAAGUUAUUAUAAUAUAAACAGUAGUGUUAAUAGUAAUGGUAAUUUUGGAACUAAUAAAAAUGUAACUGGUGAUUUAGAUGAUGUAAAUAACAAAAGUACAUCUAAUAAAAAAGCAGCAUAUUGCAGUCAAAAUAAUAUAGAUUACGGCGAUAAAGCUGGAAGAAAACUUCUUUAUUUGAUUAAAGGGUUAUCAACAGAAUAUGAAAACGAAAAUGAAAAUAAAAAGUUAUCAUGCGUUGAGUAUUGUGAAAAUGAUAAUAAUAACAUAUUGAACCUUAAUAAAAAUGAAGAAAAAAAUAUACAUUUUCAGAAUGAACUUAACGCCAAAAAAGGAGGUGAAGCUAUUAUGAGCUUAUUAGGUUUAAAUAAAAAUAAUGAAUUGAGUGAAGAGGGGAAAAAAAAAAAAAAGAAAGAAAAAAAUAUAGAUAGUGGUAUUAAUAAUAAUAUAAUAAGUUCUAAUUUUCAAAAAAGUGAGAAGCAAAUUUUAUUAAAUAAUAAUGAAAAUUUAAAUAGUAAAUCAUUCAAAUAUAUUAAAAGUAAAUAUGAAAGUAAUGAAGAAUUUUCAGUAAAUAGUAAAUUAGACAGAAAAAAUAAUGAACUAUUUAAUAAGAAUUCAUUUGAAAGUUAUAAAAACAAAGAUAAAGAAAAAUUAAAUAACAAUAAUAAUAAUAAUUGUGAAGAGGAAAAAGUAACCUUGUUAGAUAUUAUUAAAUUAAAAUCAGAUAAAAUGAGUGUUAAUAAUAAUAAUAAUAAUAAUUCAGAAAAUUACAUAUUAAAUUCAUAUAAUACGGACUCAUAUAAUGUUUUACUAAAAAUGCAAAAUAAAAUAGAAAAUGAUGAUAAAAAAAUUAUCAAUAUAUUAGAUAGUAAAAGAAAUAGUAAAAAAUACAGUUAUACAAAUUCUUCAGAUAAUAAAGAGGAAAUUAAAUAUAACACUGUUGAUAAACAUAAUAACAAUGAUUCUAACGAUAUAGAGAAUAAAAAUAAAAGUAUAACAUUAGAUCAAAAUACUAUACAUAAUAUAAUAAAGGAAACAUUACAAUCAGAUGAAUUUGUGGAUUUAUUGUGGAAAAAAUUAACUAUAUACAAAAACAUUACUUAA